UGGCCGGCUGGGGAGGUGGAGGACGGGGAGAGAAGAGGAAGGAGGCUCCGGGAGCAAGCGAGACAAAAAGGGUCAGGCCUGGGACUUGGGAAAACCGGGAGAGCAGGAAGAAGAGGGGAUCAUCCGUCAUUGCUUUAUUUUCUUUUAAACUUUUCAACUUCCUUUUAACCUACACUACCCAUCAUCAGACAUUAGCCAUAAGCUCAUAAGACUCAAUGAUGCCGUCCAACACUCUCACCAACACCACCACCACUGCUGAUUCACCUGGAAAUCCAAUGGGUGAGAGAACAAUACUGGACUCGGACCUGAUGGAGGAGAAGUCACCUAAAAGUAGCAAGCCUGGAAGAAAACGCAAGCAGUUUUCACAGGUUGAGAGCUGUGGCUCUCUUAAAGACAGUGCGAGUGUAGGCCACAGCUACACUAUGGCGAUGGCACAGGUCUUCAAUGGGGACAUGGGCGGGAUCAGAGACAGGAUGCCCGAUGCCUGCUUCCCAAAACAGGAGAAGCGGGAAGUCGAGAAUGGGAUUCCCAGAGACCCUUCCUCCUGCCGUGCAGAGGACAGCUCUCAGGGGCAGAGUCUGAGUCAUCCUCAAGAGAACGGAUUCCUGUCCAGCCGGGAAGAACAGGACUUGGAGAAAGCCAAUGAUGACUGCCUGAUGACGCCGCGCAAGAAACGAGGGAGGCGGAAACUGGAGCACCCAACUAAAUAUGUGGAGCACAAGGAGGAGGAUGGGAGUGAUGCGGUAAAGACUGAGGGAGGUCGAGGCAGGCUGCGAGGGGGAGUUGGUUGGGAGAUCAGCCUUCGUCAGAGGCCCAUGCCCAGAAUAACCUUCCAGGCUGGUGACCCUUAUUACAUUAGCAAGAGGACCAGAGAGGAGUUGCUGGCCAAGUGGAAGAUGGAGGCAGAGAAAAAGGCCAAACAAAUGUCAGCAAUGAACGCGAUGAAGGAUCACGAGGAUAAUGAAACAGAGACCCGGAAUGAAGAGGUCUCAAUAAUCAAACACCCACAGCCUUCAAAGCAGCAGCCGCAGCAGCAGCUGCAGCCGCAGCCACACACUAAGUCUCAGUCACAGCCUCAGUAUCAACAGCAAUCACCGCUGGUGCUGCCACAGCAACAGCAACAUCUGCAACAUCAGCAGCCACCUCAGCAGCAGCAACAGCAGCAACAGCCUACUGACCCAGCUUCCCCCACUGUGGCCACGACCCCAGAGCCUGUCGCCAUCGAAGGAGAAGACAAGACAUCCCCCAAGACUCCAGACACUGAGUCUGAGUAUGAGGACGGUCGUGGUUUUGGCAUCGGCGAGCUGGUUUGGGGGAAGCUCCGAGGAUUCUCUUGGUGGCCAGGCCGCAUCGUAUCCUGGUGGAUGACGGGACGUAGCAGAGCUGCUGAGGGAACCAGAUGGGUCAUGUGGUUUGGAGAUGGAAAAUUCUCAGUGGUUUGUGUAGAGAAACUAUUGCCUUUAAGUUCCUUUAACAAUGCCUUUCACCAACCAACUUACAACAAGCAGCCCAUGUACAGGAAAGCCAUCUACGAAGUCUUACAGGUGGCUAGCAGCCGGGCAGGAAAGGCCUUCAUGGCCUGCCCUGACAGUGAUGAGACAGAGACCUCAAAAUCCGUGGAAAUGUUAAACAAGCAGAUGAUUGAGUGGGCUAUGACAGGAUUUCAGCCCACUGGACCCAAAGGCUUGGAGCCACCAGAAGAGGAGCGUAACCCAUACAAAGAAGUUUAUCCUGAAAUAUGGGUAGAGCCAGAAGCAGCAGCCUAUACACCUCCUCCAGCCAAAAAGCCUCGCAAAAGCACAGCAGAGAAACCUAAGGUCAAGGACAUCAUUGAUGAGAGAACACGAGAGCGACUUGUUUAUGAAGUGAGACAAAAGUGCCGCAGCUUAGAGGACAUCUGUAUCUCCUGUGGAAGUCUGAAUGUUAGCCUUGAGCACCCUCUUUUUGCUGGAGGAAUGUGUCAGAGUUGCAAGAACUGCUUCCUAGAAUGUGCUUAUCAAUACGACGACGACGGCUACCAGUCAUACUGCACUAUCUGCUGCGGGGGACGAGAGGUGCUCAUGUGUGGGAACAACAAUUGUUGUCGGUGCUUCUGUGUGGAGUGCGUGGACCUUCUUGUUGGUCAAGGAGCCGCUCACGCUGCCAUCAAAGAAGACCCAUGGAACUGCUACAUGUGCGGUCAGAAGGGUGUGUUUGGUCUGCUGGAGCGUCGUAGCGAUUGGCCCAGCCGUCUCCAGCACUUCUUUGCAAAUAAUCACGAUCAAGAUUUUGAUCCACCAAAGCUUUACGCCCCAGUCAUGGCGGAGAAGAGGAAGCCCAUUCGUGUCCUUUCACUAUUUGAUGGCAUAGCCACAGGACUGCUGGUGCUCAAAGAACUUGGCAUCCAAGUGGGUCGCUACAUAGCUUCUGAAGUGUGUGAAGACUCCAUCACUGUGGGUAUCGUCCGGCAUGAGGGUCGCAUCAUGUACGUUGGAGACGUGCGGAACAUCACGCGCAAACAUAUAAACGAGUGGGGUCCUUUUGAUCUAGUUAUAGGUGGAAGCCCAUGCAAUGACCUCUCAAUAGUCAAUCCUGCAAGGAAGGGUCUGUAUGAGGGCACCGGACGCCUGUUCUUUGAGUUUUACCGACUGCUCCAUGAGGCUCGGCCGAAGCAGGGGGAAGACAGGCCUUUCUUCUGGCUCUUUGAAAAUGUGGUUGCUAUGGGCGUCAGUGACAAGAGGGACAUAUCUCGCUUUUUAGAGUGUAACCCAGUGAUGAUCGAUGCCAAGGAAGUGUCAGCUGCCCACCGUGCCCGUUACUUCUGGGGUAACCUUCCUGGCAUGAACAGGCCUUUGACUGCCAUGUGCACUGAUAGGCUGGAACUCCAGGACUGUUUAGAACAUGGCAGGACAGCCAAGUUUGGCAAGGUGAGGACUAUCACUACCAGGUCUAAUUCCAUCAAGCAGGGCAAGGACCAGCACUUCCCAGUCUACAUGAAUGAGAAGGAAGACAUACUGUGGUGCACUGAGAUGGAGAGGGUCUUUGGUUUUCCAGUCCACUAUACAGACGUAUCCAACAUGAGCCGACUGGCGAGGCAGAGGCUGCUGGGCAGAUCAUGGAGCGUCCCAGUUAUCCGCCACCUGUUUGCACCACUCAAAGAGUACUUUGCCUGUGACUGAGCAGUCAAAAAAUUAGCUCAGAACCAUUUAGUAUGAAGUGCCGUAAGGGGCAUUAUUACUGAAACGCUCUCAGACACACUACUGAACACCAAGGCAUUUCAGCUGAACAGGAAGGUGUUUUAGUGUUGCCAACUUAGCAACUUUGUCGCUAUAUUUAGCGAGUUUUCAGACCCCCUUAGCGACUUUUUUUCUCUAA